CUUUUUGCAACGAACUAGACGUCUGACGAUUUACAUACGUUAUCUGUGACCUUCAAACAGAUAAUGUGCAAAAUUUCUAUAAAUUUUGAGCUUUGAGAAAACAGUUUAGAUGCUUCUUAAAAUUACAACUUUGCCUGCGUCCCAGAGCCAGCUGUCCCGGAACUGUGAGUGCUGACUGUACACUAGCAUUCUAGCACUAAAGUACGACCUAUUUUGAAAAUAUCCGCCUUGCGAAAACUCUUGCAUGUUUUUGGCGCCACCUCCUGGACUAUAAAUUGAACAAAUAGCCUCAUGCAGAAAAGUGCUGAAUUUUGAAUUUUGUUGAGACUAUCGAUAGUUUGGAUGGUUUCUGACUAUCGAUAUCGAUAAUAUCAUAGUUCAUUGGUCGUGGUGGUGCUCCUGAAAAUGCUCAACACUGCACACAGUGAUGCCAGCUCGUGAUCGAGAGUUUUGUGAAAUUAGAAAAAGAUAAAGUCUGUUUUUUUUUUAAAGAUAAUUCCCCAAGUCAAAAAUUUAGUAACUAUGUUGGCAACACAAGCCUUUUCUACAUAAAAAAAUUGAAAGCUUUGACAAUUUUACGUUGCAUUGCCAACACAAUAUCAUUUUGACUUUUAUCUUUAAAAAAAAAAACAGAUUUUAUUUCCCUUUUUUACUUUGACACUUGUUCACUUGGCAACAUUGGAAGCAAAUGUCCAAUUGAAAUAAUUGAAUGUUUUUUAUUAGUGCCUUAAUUUAUAAAUAAAAAUGUAUUAUUAAAGGUUUUGAAUUAUUAUUUAUAUAAGUUUUAGGUACUCCUACUAUAUGCGUUGGGGGAAGCACAGAAGUGAAACCCCAUUAUUUUUAGAAUCUAUUUUCAAUUAUAUAAAGAGGAAUAGGAAGCACUGGUGGUGAUCAGUUCGAGAUGGAGGGAAAUCAGCUUACAUUUUUCAUUGCAUUUGACUCUGGAGAAACUCUGAUAACUUUAUCAGAGUAUGAUACAGUUGAACAACUAAAAAUAGAAAUCGACAAUGAUUUAAAUAUACCUGUGGCAAAUCAAGAAAUAAGUAACUGGUACAAGUCUCCUUCCAGUGAAGACACAAUCUUGAAAGAAUGUGUCUCGCCUUCUAAUGAUAUCCAUUGUUUAAAUGUUAAAGAAACUAAAUCUCCCAAACCUCAAGAUUUUUCCGUACAUUUUUCAAACAAUAGAAGCGAAAUAAGUGAAAAGGAAUUUCUAGAACGAGAAAUGAGUGCUAUCAGUAGAUUAAAAGAGAAAUUACCUUCAAAUUUGCCAUUCAAAUUGAGGCAGAUGUCUUUUCAAGAUGCAGUCUCCAAUUUAUCUAAUCCUGGAAGCCAGAAAGCCUUGUUAUUGUACCUGCACAACUCCCAGGAUUCUUUCUCACAAGAAUUCCUUAACCUAAUCCACGAUGAAGAAAUCAAAACAAUCAUUGAAGAAGUUUUCUUCGUUAUUGGAUGGGAUGUUGAAGAUCAGUACCACCACAGUGCCCUAAAACGUGCCUUAGAACCUUAUGGCCAGUUGUUAAUUAUUUCACAACUAAUCACAAAUAAAAGUAGUGCUGCCAUUUGCUUGAUUCCAGACAAGAGUGGAGUGGCCUUAUUUUUUUGUUUGAGAGGACGCUUUGGCUUUCAGAGUAUGUUGGAAAGUUUUCGGGCUGUUAGGCAACAAUUUGAACCUAACAGUUGUGAUAAUUUGGAAGAUAAUGGCAAAGAUGAACAUACUACAGCCAUGGAAAUUGAAGCAAUAAAGAGUCUGAAGAAAAAGUUGCCCAAAGACAUUUCAGUUACAUUCAGGGAAGUAGUAUUAGACGAUGCUCUUAAAUUUAUUUGCACUUCACCCUUCAACGAGCGCAAAGCACUUUUACUUUAUCUUCAUAAUUCUGAGAUGCCCUUCUCGAAGAUGUUUUCGGGAAACUUACAAUCCAGAGAACUGGCACAAACUUUAAACAGAAACUUCCUAGUUUUGGGUUGGGAUGUCGAAAAUCCUGAUUACCAUGAUGUCUUAGUUACUACCUUAAGUCGCCAUGCUAAUUUGGCCAUUGUAUCAGAUCUUGUACUUGGUAAAGUGUCUAUAGCUCUAUGUAUACUGCCAGUAAAUGGUACUAUAAGUGUAUUUUUAUGCCUACGUGGUAAAAUAACUUUAGCACACGCAAUCAAGAGCUUAAAAGAAGUUGAAGUGGCCUUCAAUAAGGAGAUAGAGAGGGAAAAAGAAUUGGCUGAGAUAGAACGUCAGAAAAGUAACCAAAAUGACUUGGGUUCAGAGAAAUUGCAUAGUAUUUGGGCUGAUAUGUUAGGAGAUAGGGACUAUGAUAGCUUUGAGUUUGAUCAGCAUAACUAUUUGAAAGAUAAAAUUGGUUUUGCACUCAAGGGUCCUCCACAACAGACUAGUGGAUAUGAGGAAAAGACUAAGACGCACAUUGACUCUUUAUUUAAAGUUAUCCAAACCCAAAGUAAUGCCAUUGCUCAAUUUAAAGAUCAUAUUGAAAUAUCAUUUGUUUACAACUGUUUGGAACCACUUCCGGAGGAGAAACUGAAAAGAUCGAAGAAAUUUUCCGAUUACAAUCCACAAACGGAUGUAAAUCCAGUGCCUAUCUUUAUUUUGAGGAAAUGCCGAGGCAGCCAAAAUCCAUGCAGAGUAUUUAUAGAUGAUAAUGGAAGGGUUUAUCGAAGUUGGACCAAUUAUUUAAUAAAUAACAAGUAUCCGAAAUGUGAGAUGGUUGUUCCAAGAAAUGGGAGGUACGAAGUAAGGAACAAUACAGUUCUUCUAGAACGCCACUUAUCACCUCCAUGUCAUUUGGACAGUAAACUUCUUCAAGUAGGAGAUAUAGUAACUAGUAUAGCAGGCCUGGCUUCAGGUUGUGUUUUUGUGGCUACAGCUGGUUUAGCAGUUGCUCCACCUGUUUUAAUAGCUGCAGGUGUCGUUGGAGCUGGAGCAGGAGCAUGGGCUCUUGGCAGGAGUAUUUACACAUUGUACGAUAGGAGGGCGCAUAAAGAGACAAUUAGUUUUAUGAAUUCAGAAGCUAGAGGAGCUUACUUGAACAUCGUGGCAGGUUCUUUAGGGUUCGCAGGAGCGGGAGCUAAUGUGGCAUUGACACAAUUGGCCGCACGAGGUGUUAAUCUUGGACAAGGUGCUACUUAUUUGGUUAAUACAAUCGGUGUUCUGAAUCUGGGUGCAGGAGGCGCAAGUCUUAUCAAUUCAGGAUAUGAUGUUUUCGAUCAGUGGUACAAUGAAAACCAAACUCCAUCAGCACUGACUAUAUUGCAACUGAGCUCGUCUGUAUUAUUCUUUGGGCACGCAGUUUACAAUUUCAGAGGGGCACAAACUAUUAUCGAGGAAACUCAAGCUAGAGUUUUGAAAGACUAUCAAGAUUCUUUGAGAAGCAAUAGGCACAGAAAAACUUUUAAUAAGCUGAUGAAAGAAACUAUCAGAACCCAAGGAGAUGGAGCCAGAGGCAGAGCAGAAGUAAUAUCAGCUAUAAGAAACAUACAAAAUAAAGAUGAAGUUUUUGCGGCUUUAACUAGAAACAAUAAGGCAAUGAAUGAUGCAGGUAUCAAGAUUUCAGCUCAAGAUGGAAAAAUUACAUUAGGAGGCAUCGCUGUGGAUAUGAACGAAUUUAUUGGUUUCAACAAGAAACAAACGGAAGUUUUUCUCAAUAAUUUGGCCCAAGACAAAUCAGUAGUUAAUUUAGGAGCUUCGUCCAGUUCAAAUCCUACCAACAACAAUAAUUUACUUAAAACCGCUAUAAAUGGCUUGUUGGAUGAUAUGAAAAUUGAUAGUUCCACUAUUAAUUUACCAGAAUUAAUAAAAUUGACAUCAAAAAUUUUAAUAUUUUGCAGUAGCGACAUUAAAUCUAAAGUUAUUAAUGCCAUUCAGCAAGCGAUACAUUAUAUCAUCACUAAAGUAUCCAGUUCAUUUGCAGAAGAAAUCGAUCGAAUUUUACCAAAACAUUCUCAAUUUUUUGAAUUUUUGCGCUUGGGUGUUUCAUACUUUAGUCAAAAAGUUGACGAAUGGGAGCAGAAAUAUCAAAAAUACCAACAAACAGGAGAUCCAAUAUAUAAAGAUCCAAUAUUUGAUAAAAUAAAUCCUUUAUACGUGAAACGUACUGUGGCAUUUUUUGAAUUGGCUGUUAGUCAUAGCUUUUCGGGUGAGCAUCUCAUCAGAGCAGUAUUAACUGAGAUUGCAGGAUAUGUUACUGCUUGGAUUGCCAGGCUUAUAUUUGAAAACGAAGAGAAAAAGGAGAGUGAAAAGAGGCGGGAUCGUCAUUCUGCAGGAUUUAGAGCCAGUAGAGUAAAUUGUAGCAUUUGUGGGGGAUAUUAUUUUGAGCAUGGAAAUUAGUGAAUUUGGACUAUGUGAUAAGUUUGUUCUGGUGCUAAAUUUUCUUUGGAAAAUGUAUUAGUCUGCAAUUUUGAGUUCCUCGUCCAUACAUGUAUAUUUUUUAACAAUCAAAAUCAUUGGUCUUGGUCUUAGGAUGCUAUUGCUACAUACAUAUAAGACAUAAUUUAUAUGAAUUUACUAUUUGCUAGAUUUGAUAAUAAUUAUUUACCUAGGACCACCAUUUAUGUAAUAUUUUAGGUGAUCUGGGAGUUGGAUAAAAGUAAUGCUGCAAGUCAAUCUUGAUAAUAAUGAAAUAAUAUUCAAAUAUUAAUUUUAUAUAAAAUUAUUUUUGUUUUACAAAAUUGAAAAAGGCCAUUGAUUUUUUUAUUCCCUUCUCUUCUUUAUUCAAAAUUGCGGUCAAUAUAAAGGAUAUUGACAUUCAACCAAUAAGGGUAUUGUCCGUAGCUUUGGUUGGAGAGUCAAUACUCUUUUUUUUUUUUUAAAUUUUGUAAUUUGUCUUGUAAAAAUAAUUGUAAGUUUUAUUGUUACCAUAGUUAAAUCCAAAGAGUUUUUAGAUACCAACCAUUAUGCAGCUGAAUAUUUUUACGAUUUUAAAAUUAAGUUAAAGUUUUUAUAGAUGUUUUUGUUAUGUAUAUUGUAUAAUUUUAUCUAUUUUUAUAGCAUAUUAGGCAAAUUAAUUGGUUAAGCUACAGAAAAGUUUUUAAUUACCUAGAUAUGUAUUAGUGCUUCUGCUAGUGGGUAACCCAGUAUUUUUACCCCGAGUCCUAUGUUUACUUGCAACUUAUCAAGCAGUCUUUAUUUUCAGCUGUAAAGAGCUGUGGAAAGCCUUGAAGGUUUGUGAUUUAAAAGAAUAUUAGUGAAAUACAUGAUGGCCUUAUUUUAUUUAAAUUUUGUAUUUUUAUAGGCCCAUAAUAUUUGGUACACUUAUUUAUAGAGUAAUAAAAUAUAUUAUAACGAU